GGAGGAACUGAAGGCAAACUCCACACUUUUGAAGACCUCUGGGGAGACAGGAAGCAGGCAAAUCUAAUGGAAAUUAAAAGAAAACUAUAACUCUAGGAACUUAAGAGGAAGGAAACAAUCACCAUUCCAGGCUGGAUCUGAAAAAUCUGGAGGAGCCUUCAGAUCAGGUCAGGUACUAAAAGGGGAGACAUUGGAAGAAGGGGGACAUCCCUCCAGGUCCCCUUGAUUCUGGAGAGAAGAAAACUUUUCUGUUGCCUUCUCUUCUCCCAGCCAUGAACAGGCACAUGUGGUUCUCUUCUCCAGACGUGUCCAAGUCACUCCGUUGGGUGGGGAAAUCCAACAGCACCAACUCCACCCUCUUUCCAUUCCACAAUCGAUCCUCCUUCCAGGAGGACCUAGAGGUAAAGUCCACGGGAGAAUUCGACACCAGUUACAAAGAGGAAUCGCAGAGCCAGACAGUGAAAGCUCUCCUGAUCGCGGCUUAUUUAACCAUUAUUUGCAUCUCGCUUUUGGGCAAUGUUGUGGUGUGCCACGUGGUGCUGAAGAACAAGAGGAUGCCCUCAGCCACCAGCCUUUUCAUUGUCAACUUGGCUGCAGUUGAUAUCCUGAUCACCCUCCUGAACACACCUUUCACCCUGGUGCGAUUUGUCAGCAGUACCUGGGUUUUUGGAAAGCCAAUGUGCCAUAUAAGUCGCUUUGUCCAGUAUUGCUCCAUCCACAUGUCCGCACUGACCUUUGCCGCCAUUGCUCUGGAUCGCCACCAGGUUAUAAUGCAUCCUUUCAAGCCCCGAAUGUCCCUCGUGAAGGGAGGGCUGUGUGUCCUGGUCAUUUGGGUGAUGGCCAUCUGCUUCUCGCUGCCCUACGCCAUCUACCAGAACCUUGUCAGGUUGUCUUAUGGAAAUGGGACCAUCCGUAUGGUGUGCCUUUCCAGCUUCCCUCCUCCGACAGAUCUCUACUGGAAGUACUUGGACUUGGCCACUUUUGUGCUUAUGUAUCUUCUGCCUUUGUCAGUGAUCUCUGUCACUUACAUAUCGGUGGCCAAGAAACUCUGGAUGAGGAACGCCAUUGGCGACGUGACAGUGGACCAAUACUAUGCCCACCAGCGGAAAAAGAAGAUGAGCCUGAAAAUGUUGAUGGUGGUUGUGAUAGUGUUUGGCAUCUGUUGGUUCCCCCUGAAUUGCUACUUGAUCUUCAUGUCCAGCCAAACCGUCAAUCACCACAAUGGCUUUUACUUUUCUUUCCACUGGUUUGCCAUGAGUAGUGCCUGCUACAACCCCUUCAUUUACUGCUGGCUGAAUGAAGGUUUCCGCACAGAAUUCAGGGCCCUGUUGAGAAUGUGCUGUAAGAAGCAAACUCCCAGCAGUCAGCCCCUCUGGUCCAUAUCGGCUGACUUCAGGCUCAGCUGGGAUGGCAAUUAUUGCUGCAAACAAGAGGCUGCCACUCAGCGGACAAGGAAGUCAUCUCACAGGAACUCUGCACAGACCAACAUCUCUAUUAUCGAGCUGAUCACAACAGGAAGCUAG